AUGGCUCCCAAGAAGUCAGCAGCGAAGAGAGGCGCGGAGCUGUUGCCUGAAGCUGCUGAGCCCAAGGCCAAGGCUGCCAAGGCUGCCGCCAAGACUCCGAAAGCUAAUGGCAGCCAAGACCCGGCACUCAUGGCCAACUUGGCUUCUGGCAGCCCGGGGGUGUCUUCACAGGCGCUUUGCCUGAAUGGUGGAGUUUGGGCAAAACAUGCAGAGAAUGUCCGACGUUUCAAAGAGCAGGCAGUGAGUGAAGAUGCUGUGCAGCUCCGUCUUUUGGCUCACAAAACUAGUCUAACCUGCAACAUGGCAGCAGCAGGUGAGAAGAGAUUGUCCCAAGGUGUCCUCAACAGAGCUGACUUGCAGUUGGGCGUCCAAGCCUUCUUGCGGUGGGAUCCAGCACUCAAGGAGAAGAGCGCGUUCGAAAUGGAAAAUGCUCGUGAGGCUUUGAUUUUUUGCCAGCCUUUCUUCAAGGAAGACCGCACCAGGUCAUGUGCGCUUGCCUGUGCCAUCAUGUUUUUGACCAUCCUUCAGAUGACGCUGGACCGCCCUGGCACAGAGCCCACAGACUGUACAUGGACCGCUCACCUUUACACCAGGUCUGGACAAAUCCAGCCUAUGCAAGAGAAGAUCGAGAAAUGUCCAGCUUUGACAUCGCGCGACUUGCUUGCAGGAAAGGUUGGUGAGUUGGAUAGCGCUGCUUCUUUUCUUUUGGGCGCCAUCAACGCCAUGCCUCAUGACCUGCUGCCCCAGGCGCCGCAUUUCGAAGGCUGUUUCGCUUGCCUGGACGACUUGUUGGUGCAUAUGAAGUUUCGACUUCACCAAAGUUCUUCUGCUAGUUAG